GUCGUCGGAGUCGGAAGGCGACGUAAACAUGGCUGCCCCCAGCGCGUCGAUGCGUUUCUCUCUGUUUUAAGUGUUUAAAGCUCGUUUCUGAACGAUCAUGAUUACCAUGGACAAAGUAGAGGAAAUGAUGCCAUCUGCUGAGGAGAAGGAGAAGCAGGAGGAAGAGAUUAAGAUGGAAGAAGCAGAUGAUGAUUUAGAAGGAGAAGAUGAUGCUGGAGAUGAGGAAGAAAAGAAAGAUGAUGAAGAACAGGAAGGUGGCGAUGAACAGAAAGACAAAGCAAUCCCACAGGCCGCCGCUGCCGCCAAAAAAAAGAAGAAGAAAAACCCGUUUCCUGUCAAAUCCAAAGAGAAAAAGCAGGAUGAGGUUCUGAACCUCAACAACGAGGUGGUGAGGAUGAGGAAGGAGGUGAAGAGGGUGAGGGCUUUGGUCAUCAGGAAGCUGACGCGACAGAUGAGCAGCCUGAAGAAGAAGAAGGGCAAAGACGAGGAAAUAGAGAGGAACCAGAGGAGAGCUGCCAGACUGCUAGAGGAGAUCCACGCCAUGAAGACCCUCUCCCCAGACCUGGUGACCAAGACAGCCCUGCAGAAGAAUCUACACUUCGACCAGGUGUGCAAAGACCCCAAGUCUACCAUUUCCGACCGGGCCACGGCACGCAUCGCCACCCACCCCCAGUUCAACAAGAAGAUCGAGGCCAUCAAAGCUGCCGUGAAAGCCUUCAAAGAGGAGCGGAAGAAAGGUGGGAAGCAGGGAGGGAAGGAAAAGGUGCAAAAUAAAGCUUUGAAUGUGACUCCACAGUUACCAGACAAAAAGGCAGAGAGAAAGAGUGAGAAAAAAGAGGAGGACAUACUAGUGGAGCAAAAGGAAAUCCUGGAGAAAGAGGAAGGCGAUGAAAUCCCCAAAGACGCUACAGAAGCAACUGUUGCUGAACCUGAGAAGGAAACAGUGGAAGCAAGUCCUUCAGCUGAUACUGCUGAUUGUCAAAUGAAAGAAAUGCCAGCGGCUAAGAAUGAGACACCUGCACCCAUAAAGAGUAGUGAAGUAAAGGACAUUGUUAUGCCAGAAGCUAAGAAUGAGACACCUGCAACUGUAAAGAGUAGUGAAGUAAAGGACAUUGUAAUGCCAGAGGCUAAGAAUGAGACACCUGCACCCGUAAAGAGUAGUGAAGUGAAGGACAUUGUUGAAAAUAAACCAGAAAAGAAGAAGUCUGCACCUGAAGUGCUUCACAAAAAGAAGGAUGAGGAAGAGAGCGAUCUGGAGUCAUCAGAGGAUGAAGAGAAAGAGUACUUUGAUGACAGCACAGAGGAACGCUUCAACAAGCAGUCCUCCCAGUCUGAGAUGAGCGACGACGACGGCGGCUUCUUUGUGGGAAAAGUGAGCAAAUACAAGAAGAAGAAGAAGCCGAAAAGUGGCGAAGAGGAGAAGGCCGAUAAGGAGCGCGGAGGGGAGAGUUCAGACCGGGUCCAGAAUGAACUUGAUGAGCUUGAGUCCAGGCUGAAGUCCAAGGCGACCUCUUUUCAGUCCGUGUUUUGUUCCUCGCUCUCUUCGUCCAGGCCUGGUGGGGGCCGAGGUGCAGGCAGAGGCAGAGGGAGAGGUGGAGAUAGAUUUAGGGACCAAGGGAAACCAAGGGGUGGUGGUGGUGGUGGUGGUCUAGAUAGAGAUUUCAGUAAACAACCAAGGUUCCAAAAGCAGGAAAGAGGAGCAGAAAGAAAUCCAGAGUCCAAGUACAGCAAGCCCUACCCCGAGGGCGGCAGAGGGAGGGGGCGAGGCAGGGGUGAUGGUGCGAGGCACAAUGAUCGCAGGGGUGGAGGUGGAGGUCGAGGUGGCUUUACCCAUCAGGCACCAGAGCAGGCACUGCAUCCAUCCUGGGAGGCCAGUAAGAAAAGGAAGGAGCAGCAAGGACAAAUCCUGGCCUUCCAGGGGAAGAAGAUCAAGUUUGACGAUGAUUAGUGAGACCGUUUGUUUAUUAAUCCUGAACACAUGCCGUUGUUUUAGUGUCGUACAUGCCAUGUUUGGGGAUCCUUGUUAUCUGACACGAGGUGGUGUCGUCGUCAUUUAGUAAGUUGGACGCUCAACACUAGUGGAGAUGAUCUCGGUGUAGUUCAGUGACUCAUGUGUUGCAGGGUGUAAACUGCUUUUUCAUCCUCAUGGCUGGUAAAAGAGAACAAACGUGGAGAUUUGUUUUGCAUAAAUUAUCAAAAGAAAUGUGUUAGAAUAUUUUUUUAUUCUAAAACUGUGAAAUGUCUUAGCUGAAGCAUGUCUCUUGUCAUAAUGUAAGUUUACCAGUUAACAACAGUUUGAGGAACAAGUAAUUUGUAACAAAUGACAAUUCUGUUAGAAAUGUACAUGUGGGGAUUUUGGAAAGUGAUAUUUUUCUCUUUUUUUUUAAUGUUUUUUGAAGAAAAUAUUUAUAAACCUGUACAAGAUUUCACUGCGUUGUCCGAAAUGGUAAUGAGGGUCCAGUUAUUGUAUUGUACACAAUAUCUGCAAUAUAUGUAUGAUGAUAGACAUAUGUUAUCUUUUGCAGCAAGAUCUUAAAACUGAAUAACUUCACCCUGUUUUUGUUACUUAUCCCUCAACAAGAUAUGUAUUUAAGUAAUAUGGGGUUUAUAUAAUAGUUACAGUUGUAAUGUACU